AUUACAAUAAAUAUUCACAUUAUUUCAAGCUAUCAACCCACACCUCCUUUUAAAAGGAGGGAGUAGUCAAUUACUCUACCAAGAAUGCCAACCCAAUUCUUCCAAUUUGCAUCGAUUUUAUUAUACUGAGUAAUUAUUUUUUUCCUUUCUUCUCAUUCUUCAAUUUAAUUUUUUCCUCACAAUUUUGUCUUCAAUUCAUCAUCAAUGGCGUACGAAGACGACCCAUAUCGCGAUGAAGAUGGAGAGGCAUUGAUGAAUUAUGACGAAAUCGGAUCUGAUGAAGAUCAGCAACAACAAUUACCACAAACUGACUAUCUUCAAGACUUCGAUGAUGACGGCGUAGAAGAGAAUUGGAGCCAUGAACCGAAAACCAAAACUCGAAAGAGAUUAGUUAAGAAAGGUGAUGAUGUUCAUGUUACUUCUGUUCCUUCUGAAUUCAAUGACUUCGAUGAUGGUGAUGUCGGUGAACCUGAGUAUGAGGAGGAGGAAGAGCCUAUGUCGGUUUCAAAGAAAAGGAAGGAUAAAGGGAUAAUGAAGGAAGGAGGAGAGAAGAGGAGGAAAGAGAAGAAGUUGAGGAAAGAUAAAUUCAGCAAUGAUGAGCGUAAAUCGAACUUGAAGAGGAGGAGAGGCGGUGGCAACGAGCGUGAUCCUGAUGAGAAGGAGAUGUGGGAUACUGUUCUUGGUGGUGGUGGUUCCGAGGAUGAUCAAGAAGGGGUGAAGACAUUGGAUGAUGAUAACUUUAUAGAUGACAGUGGUUUGGACCCUGCUGACCGAUACACUAGUGACCGUGAGGGAUCUCCAAGCCGUUUUGCUCAGGCAGAGGAGGGUGAGGAAGAUGAUGAAAUUAAGGAUCUUUUUAAGCCAGGCAGGAAGAAGAAGAAAAAUGAAAGAAGUGCUGCAGAGAUUGCUGAGUUGGUGGAGACACUAAUGGCUGAGCUUGAAGUUGUAGCCGAAGAAGAUGCUGUUCUCAAUACACAGGGGAAACCAGCCAUUAAUAAACUGAGGAAGCUGCCACUUCUUACUGAAGCUCUUUCCAAGAAACAACUUCAACAUGAGUUUCUUGACCAUGGAGUUCUGACAUUAUUAAAAAAUUGGCUUGAGCCACUUCCUGAUGGAAGUUUGCCCAAUAUCAAUAUACGUGAAGCAAUAUUGAGGAUUUUGACCGAUUUUCCUAUUGAUUUAGACCAAUAUGAUAGAAAAGAACAACUGAAGAAGAGUGGACUUGGAAAGGUCAUUAUGUUUUUGUCAAGAUCAGAUGAAGAGACAACAUCAAAUAGGAAGCUUGCUAAGGAUUUAGUUGAUAAAUGGAGUCGUCCCAUUUUUAAUAAGAGUACGAGGUUUGAGGAUAUGAAACACGUUGAGGAGGAAAGGAUUUACAGGCGACCACCCGUGAAGAAAGCCACACACAAAGCUUCAGGGAUGGAAUCUAAAGAUGAUGAUCUAGAUCUGAGUAAAUCUUCAUCGGGGCGGGAGUCUGGCGCAUCUGCUUCUAGGCUUCAUGCAUCUAGACCAGAAGCAACUGUCAUGGACUUUACCAUUCGUCCUCAAUCCAAGAUUGACCCUGAUGAGAUAAGAGCCCGGGCCAAACAACAGCAUCAGGAUGAACGCCGUAUGAAGAUGAACAAGAAGAUGCAGCAACUGAAAGCGAUGAAAAAGAAGAAGCUUCAAGCUUCGCAAGUCAGUGUUGAGGGUCGGGGAAUGGUGAAGUAUUUUUGAUCAGCGGCUGAGCCACCUUCUUGUAAGGGUAGCAAAUGCUACCCCUGUUUUAAGAGGAGAAUUAUUUUUUCAAUUUUAUUGAAAUUUUGUAAUUCGUUUUUGCAUAAAUGGAUUAGUUCUUUGCCAUUUAGGCUUCUAAGUUUUGUCCA